AUGAACAAGGGCAAAUCCCUCUCGCUCUACCACCUCCUCCACGUCGACCCGUCCCUGGACCGCGACCACGUCUAUGAGACCUCGUGGCUGCUUCCUCCCCUCGCGUACGCCAUCCUCCGCGGCGCCAUCUCCCUCUACAUAUUCACCUCCAUCUUCUUCAUCUGGGGCUGGUACGGCACCCAUGGCGACCGCGACGAGAUCGGCCAGAGCUUCAGCUACUUCACGUGGCUCACCUACUGGGGCAUCGGGUUCUACAUGCUCUUUGCCUCCAUCCACACGGCCUGCUACGCGUUGAAGGGCCGAUCCGUUCUCUUCGACCGCUGGCCCAGAGCCCUGCGCGCCCUGCAUGGCCUCUUCUACACAACCAUCACCACCUACCCAUUCCUCGUCACCAUCGUUUACUGGGGUAUCCUCUUCUCCGGACCCUGGUUCACCGUGACCAUGAGCGCAUGGCAGAAUAUCUCCCAACACGGCCUCAACUCCCUCUACGCGCUCCUCGAAAUCACACUCGCAACCACAAACCCGCACCCUCUUCUCAGCCUCGCCGUCCUGAUCUUCCUGCUACUUCUCUACGUCGCCCUCGCCUACCUGACCUACCACACCGAGGGUUUCUACACCUACUCCUUCCUAGACGUCGGCCCGCACGGCGAACACAGCGCCAAGGUCACGGGCUAUUGUUUCGCCAUCCUCGCCAUCAUCCUCGUCUUCUUCGUGUUCUCCUGGUGCUUGAUCUGGUUGCGUCGCAGACUGACACGUGGGAUGGUGAAGCGGUCGGCGUAUGAUCCUGAUCGGUCGGCGGCAGACGUGGAGGUGGUGGAGGUGGAGGUUGCUCGGUCUUAGGCGUUCUGAUGGGUUGGUUGGUUGGUUGUUGGCUUGGUUGUUGGCUUGGGUUUGUUUUGUUUUGUUUUCUUGGUCGUAAGGCUUGAUUGCUGAGGUUGUUGUUAUGUGAUAUGUAUGAUAUGGGAUUGAUUGAUACCUUGAGGGAAGUUAAGGGUGGGAUGGGAUGGAUGGAAUGGG